AUGGGUCAUCAGAAUCACCAUUUCGCAGGGGAUACUUAUGCCAAUGCAGGCUUCUGGAGUCCGCCCACAAGCGCCGCCAAUUUUUGCGAGGAGGACUACGCCGUGACUUGGUAUAUUGCCGAGUUCAUCAACGCCAUUUCCAGCUUCGCAUAUGUCUACUAUGCCCUUGGCUGUUCUAUAGUCCACGCUGGUAGCAGACACAGCCCUCGGCGUUUCGAUAACCUCUCUGUCGCGUUAUGCCUCGUGGGUCUGACGUCGGCUGCCUAUCACGGCACACUCCGUCAAGGCGCCCAGUUUUCUGACGAUCUGUCUAUGCUCCUCCUCUGUGGAUGCCUCCUGCAAAAGCUCUACUCACAUGGGCAGGGUCCUCGAGCUGCCUCGCUUGUUACAGCCGUAGUGGUCGUGGCGACGUCUGGCAUGUCGGCUUACUACGUCAGAUCAGGCGAGAUCGUCAUCCACAUGAAUACCUUCGGCGCCAUGGUGAGCCUCAUCUGGCCACGUACACUUUAUCUCAUCUAUUCCUCAUCGCCAGGCGGCACUCGAAGCCCCGGCCAGACCGCUGAACUUGUACGACGGUUCUGGACUGCGGUCGCCUUUCUCCUGUUGGCCUACGUGCUGUGGCACAUUGACCUGGAGAGAUGUCUGGAACUGAGACGCAUUAGAGAGUCGCUGGGUCUGCCCUGGGCAUGGGCUCUGGAGCUGCACGGGUGGUGGCAUCUCCUGACGGCCAUUGGGGCCGCAGAGUACAUCCGUCUCGUGAGGGCCCUUUGCAACAGCAGCAAGGAGGACAUGGAGGGCUAGGUGGUUGUAGGCGUUUGGGAUUGGGCUUGCAGACACGGUCUCCAAGGGCAGCAGGAACACCCAGGUCCGUUCUAUACUGUCUCUCGCAGUAGCAUAUUCAAGUCAAUCAAUCCAGCCCGUUGCGAUCUCAUCGGG